AAUGUCUAUAAAAAAGAGAGAGAAAGAACUUUCAAUCCGAUGGAAGAGAUACUGACCGGAAUCAAAAAGCUAAAGGUGGUUCUCGUAGCUAUCACGAGCCAAAAGUCAUACCCGAGUCACAAAUCAGAAGAGAAAGAAACUACAGCAAAGUAUAUAGUUGGAAGGCCUGCAGAUAAAUAUUAA